CGCGCGCUGGCCCGGCAGCAUGGCGGCGGCGGCGGGCGCCCCUCCGCCGGGUCCGCCGCAGCCACCUCCGCCGCCGCCGCCUGAGGAGUCGUCCGACAGCGAGCCCGAGGCGGAGCCUGGCUCCCCGCAGAAGCUCAUCCGCAAGGUGUCCACGUCGGGCCAGAUCCGCCAGAAGACUGUCAUCAAAGAGGGGAUGCUGACCAAACAGAACAAUUCAUUCCAGCGAUCAAAAAGGAGGUACUUUAAGCUUCGAGGGCGAACACUGUACUACGCAAAAACUGCCAAGUCGAUCAUAUUUGAUGAGGUGGACCUGACAGAUGCCAGUGUGGCUGAAUCCAGCACGAAAAACGUCAACAACAGCUUUACAGUCAUCACUCCAUGUAGGAAACUCAUCCUGUGUGCUGAUAACAGAAAAGAAAUGGAAGAUUGGAUUGCAGCACUGAAGACUGUCCAGAACAGGGAGCAUUUUGAGCCCAGCCAGUACAGCAUGGACCACUUCUCGGGGACGCACAACUGGUAUGCCUGCUCCCACGCGAGGCCGACCUACUGCAACGUGUGCCGUGAGGCUCUGUCUGGGGUCACGUCCCACGGACUGUCCUGUGAAGUGUGCAAAUUUAAGGCCCACAAGCGCUGUGCUGUGCGUGCGACCAGUAACUGCAAGUGGACCACGUUGGCCUCCAUCGGGAAAGACAUCAUUGAGGAUGAGGACGGGAUCGCCAUGCCACACCAGUGGCUGGAGGGGAACCUGCCCGUGAGCGCUAAGUGCACGGUGUGCGACAAGACGUGUGGCAGCGUGCUGCGCCUGCAGGACUGGCGCUGCCUCUGGUGCAAGGCCAUGGUGCACACGGCAUGUAAAGAGUCCUUACUGAGCAAGUGCCCGCUGGGCCUGUGCAAAGUGUCUGUCAUCCCACCCACCGCGCUCAACAGCAUCGAUUCUGAUGGCUUCUGGAAGGCCACGUGUCCUCCGUCCUGCACGAGUCCAUUGUUGGUCUUUGUCAAUUCAAAAAGUGGGGACAACCAGGGUGUGAAGUUCCUCCGAAGAUUCAAGCAGCUACUGAACCCUGCCCAGGUCUUUGACCUCAUGAACGGAGGACCACAUCUUGGCUUACGCUUAUUCCAGAAGUUUGACACGUUCCGGAUUCUCGUUUGUGGUGGGGAUGGCAGUGUUGGUUGGGUCCUCUCUGAAAUCGACAGCCUCAACCUUCACAAACAGUGUCAGCUGGGAGUGCUGCCCCUUGGCACCGGGAAUGACCUGGCUCGCGUGCUGGGCUGGGGCUCGGCCUGUGAUGAUGACACCCAGCUCCCGCAGAUCUUGGAGAAGCUGGAGAGAGCUAGCACCAAGAUGCUGGACAGGUGGAGUGUCAUGGCCUACGAGACCAAGCUGCCCCGGCCGGCCUCCUCUUCCACUGUCACAGAAGACUUGAGUGAGGGUUCCGAGGUGCAGCAGAUUCUCUUCUAUGAAGACUCGGUCGCGGCCCAUCUUUCUAAGAUCCUGACCUCCGACCAGCACUCGGUGGUGAUCUCAUCGGCCAAGGUGCUCUGCGAGACGGUGAAGGACUUCGUGGCUCGGGUGGGAAAAGCCUAUGAGAAGACCACCGAGAGCUCCGAGGAGUCGGAGGUCAUGGCCAAGAAGUGCUCUGUCCUGAAAGAGAAACUGGAUUCACUCCUCAAGACCCUGGAUGAUGAGUCCCAGGCCUCGUCCUCUCUGCCCACGCCACCCCCCACCAUUGCUGAGGAGGUGGAAGACGGGGAUGGGGCCGGCAGCGGCUGCGGCUCCAGCUCCACUGGGGACCGCCCCGUGGGGUCAGUGUGCCCGGCCCGGCCGCAGAUCUUCCGUCCCCGGGAGCAGCUCAUGCUGAGAGCCAACAGCCUGAAGAAGGCGAUUCGUCAGAUCAUCGAACACACAGAGAAAGCUGUCGAUGAGCAGAACGCCCAGACCCAGGAGCAGGAGGGGUACGCGUUAGGUCUCUCUGAGUCGGAGGAGAAGAAGGACCUGAAGUCGGACGACAGAGUGGGCCGGGGCGAGAGCUACGGCGCUGCCAAGGGCAGGAGCCUCCGCAAAGUGUCCAAGUCCCCGUGUGAAAAGCUGAUAAGCAAAGGAAGCUUGUCCCUGGGCGGUUCAGCCUCUCUUCCUCCACAGUCAGGAAACCGGGACGGCCUGCCAGCACUGAACACCAAGAUCCUUUUCCCGAGUGUUCGGGCCGGGAUGUCUGGUUCCUUGCCCGGAGGUUCAGUCAUCAGUCGCUUACUGAUUAACGCUGACCCCUUUAACUCUGAACCAGAGAACCUAGAGUAUUACACCGAGAAGUGCGUCAUGAACAACUAUUUCGGCAUCGGCCUGGAUGCGAAGAUCUCCCUGGACUUCAACAACAAGCGUGAUGAGCACCCGGAGAAGUGCAGGAGUCGAACCAAGAACAUGAUGUGGUAUGGAGUCCUCGGCACCAGGGAGCUGCUGCACAGAACCUAUAAGAACCUGGAGCAGAAGGUCCUGCUGGAGUGUGAUGGACGGCCCAUCCCGCUGCCCAGUCUCCAGGGGAUUGCUGUGCUCAACAUUCCCAGCUACGCCGGGGGCACCAACUUCUGGGGGGGCACCAAGGAAGACGAUACCUUUGCAGCGCCGUCGUUCGACGACAAGAUCCUGGAGGUGGUCGCGGUGUUUGGCAGCAUGCAGAUGGCUGUCUCUCGCGUCAUUAGGCUGCAGCAUCACCGAAUCGCCCAGUGUCGCACAGUGAAGAUUUCCAUCCUGGGGGAUGAGGGCGUACCUGUGCAGGUGGAUGGAGAGGCCUGGAUCCAGCCCCCAGGGUACAUCCGGAUUAUCCACAAGAACCGGGCACAGACACUCACCAGGGAUCGGGCCUUUGAGAACACCCUGAAGUCCUGGGAAGACAAACAGAAGUGUGAACUGCCUCGCCCUCCGUCUUUCUCUCUGCACCCGGAGAUCCUGUCCGAGGAGGAGGCCACCCAGAUGGACCAGUUUGGGCAGGCGGCGGGAGCCCUCAUCCACAGCAUCCGGGAGAUUGCGCAGUCCCACCGAGACGUGGAGCAGGAGCUCGCCCACGCUGUCAACGCCAGCUCCAAGGCCAUGGACCGAGUGUACGGCAAGCCCAGAACCACAGAGGGGCUGAGUUGCAGCUUCGUCCUGGAGAUGGUGAAUAACGUCCGAGCUCUGCGCAGCGAGACGGAGCUGCUGCUGGCAGGGAAGCUGGCCCUGCAGUUGGAUCCCCCUCAGAAGGAGCGGCUUGCAGCUGCCCUCGCCGAGAUGGACCAGCAGCUCAGGAAGCUGGCGGACACCCCAUGGCUGUGCCAGCCCAUGGAGCCUGGUGAUGAGGAGAACGCGAUGCUGGAUCUCUCCAAGCGCAGCCGCAGCGGUAAAUUCCGCCUGGUGACCAAGUUUAAGAAGGAGAAGAACAACAAGAACAGAGAAGCUCGCAGCAGCCUGGGAGCCCCGGUUCACCUCUGGGGUACAGAGGAGGUUGCUGCCUGGCUGGAGCACCUCAGUCUCUGUGAGUAUAAGGACAUCUUCACGCGGCACGACAUCCGGGGCUCCGAGCUCCUGCACCUGGAGCGGAGGGACCUCAAGGACCUCGGCGUGACCAAGGUGGGCCACAUGAAGCGGAUCCUGUGUGGCAUCCGGGAGCUGAGCCGCGGCUCUCCUGCCGCCGAGGCCUAGCCUCCGCCCUCUCGGCCUGCGUGCCCCGCGCCUCCCGCGACUGAGCCCGGCGGCGCGGCCCUCCUCAUGGUGCUACCCCCUCUGCUUGCGACAGGAAGCCUCAGGCUCCGGGCCGACCGCUCCGGGUCUGGACCACACCAACACAGCUACCUUUGGGCCGACGCCUGCCCGCACCUCAGCUCGCUGACCGCGUCAGGGCCUGCGGGCCUCCGGGUGCCGGGCACUCGGCAGAAGCGGCCUGUCUGGGCCGCCAGUGGUCCCGGGGCUCCUCCCCACAUGCCCGUCAGUGGUGUGUCACACGGCACUGUCCCCUGGAGCUCUGUGCCGCUCCAGUCCCGCGACGCCAUCCCGCCGGUGUCCCCGUGUGUUCACAGGGUCUCGCCGGGCCUGGUGGGGCGGCGUGGCUCUGGGCCUGUCCAUUUCAGUCUGACGCGAAGGGAACAAACACUUGCUUCUCAAGCCAAGCAAACAGGUGGUUAUGCUCUUGUACUGACGGGCUCUGUCCCCGUUGCCCCAGUCCCUUAGUCCUGGUCCACCUCCUGGGCUGCGAUGUGGUCCCAUCUGGACUCAGGACACCUGACCUGCCUCCCUGUGGGCAGAGGGCGCGUCUGUCUGUGUGGAGUCUGUUUCUGUGCAGAGGAGGCCUGCUGGGCUUCUGGGGGAGAACAGGCUGGUAGAGCGGCUGGCGGGUGCAGUCUGGGCUGUCCUGAGUCUCUGACCGUGUGGGUGGCUCCUUGUCUUGGGCUGCCAGGCCCGUGUCCCUCCCGCUACGGAGAAAGCUGAGCCGGGAGCCGGUCCCCAGGUGGCACCCCUAGUUCUCACCACCUUAAACUUUGCCCUUUUCUCCCCCUCCACGGGUGGCGCACCUCAGGGGCUGCCACCCAGCCUGGAAAGGGCGUCUGUUAACAGCCGCUGGGUGUAGGGGGACGGCCUCGGGACCCCGAAGGAGAGGGCUGAUCAUCAGUGAGGUGUGCGGACUGGGCAUGCGGCAUGGAGGGUGCCAUCCAGAGUUGCCUCUGGGGACCCCUCAGGGGCUCAUAGCGGAACAGCCUCUCCCUGCCACUCUCUUUGCACACCCCUUUGCUGGCUACCCUACCAGUGGGCCCGGCCAGGCCCCCGCCUCCAGGUAGGGGCUCUCACCGUUGGUCCCUCCGGGUGCCGAGCUCGGCCGAGGCCCUGCCCCCAGGCCCAUGCGUCCCCAGGUGUGGGUGGCCAUGCUGGGGUUGGUGGGGAGGGUCCCGGGCUCUGCAUGUGCACUCAGCUGUUCCCCGGAGGUGAGACCGGGUGGUCAUGUAUCACCUUUCCCGCCCUGUGGGUCCUGCCCGUCAGAACAGCCAUGGUGAGGAGGGAGGUGGCAAGAGAAUCCAGGCACCAGGAGUCACUCAGUUUCAAAGCAGAGCAAGGAGAUGUGGGAGACGGGGCCCGAGGUUCCAGAACGGGGUCUGCUCUGUUGCUUCAGGUCUGAGGUUCUCAGGAUGCGCCCAGACAGGAGGGCACGUGAGGGAGUGGUGGCCGGUGCUCCCGGGGCCCCCCAGGGCACCAAGGCCACCCCGUCCUCAGCACCCUUCCAUGGGAAAGGCUUAGUUUAGGGCGAGCCUGGUGUUUAAAAGUCAUGGCAGUGGUUAGAGCAACACUGUUUACGCAAAACCAUUUUCUGAGUUUAGUGAGUUGGAGAGGAGUAAAUGCUGUGUGAAGCCGCGUGGGUGCAGGUGGCCUCCGUGCGCUGCGCUGGUCCCACUGCUGCCCUUGGGGCUGCUCCCCUCCCCCUGCUGCCCCUGCUGUGCGGCUGGGCGGCUGUCCCUCCAGGGGCCCUGGGUCUUGUGGUCCUGUCGGCGUAGAGCGGGCUAGGAAGGAUCCCCAGAGAGCUUUGGAGGAAAGGUUUUGCGCCCUCAGGUGGGGCUUCCCUCAUAUUUAUGAUCUUAAUUUAUACAGCGCCCACCGGGGAAGCAAGGCCUCCUGCGUUGCUAUGUACAUACCCACAGCUGGGGUGUAAGUAAGCUGUUCUGCGUAUAAAUAAAACAGCCUGUUUCUGAUCUUC